AUGCCGUAAAGUGUAGCAUAGAGGCGCAAGUGGCGUGGAAACAUCUCGACGGGAAACUAGACUCGGUACCAGCGCUCCGUGCGGAGUUUUCCCUCUCUCUGCCUUCAGGGCUGACCUCUCCAAUCCCCCCGGUGUUUAUCUAGCUCUGGCGGCCUCAGCUGAAGAAGCAGAGAGGUAGCCGCCUGUCAGCGUCAGCGUUAAUCCGCGGCCUGGUGUUCUGUUGGACCUACCGACCAGAAGCGGGGUCUCCUGCAAGAUGAGUGGAGAUGAGCUGAACCCAGCAGCGGUGCCUCAGCAGGUGGAGGAUCUACAUGGAGAUGGACGCUGGAUGUCACAGCAUGUCAGGUUUGUGCAGGAGUGCAAAGAUGGAGAACCAGAGGUUCUUUUUGUUGGCGACUCCAUGGUGCAGCUAAUGCAGCAGUAUGAGAUCUGGGGGGAGAUGUUCUCUCCUCUGCAUGCGCUGAACUUUGGCCUCGCUGGGGACACCACCUGUAACGUUCUUUGGAGGCUGCAGAACGGAGAGCUGGAGAACAUCUGGCCAAAGGUGGUGGUUCUGUGGGUAGGAACCAACAACCAUCAGCACACAGCAGAGCAGGUUGCAGAGGGAAUUGUUGCCAUUGCUCAGCUGCUCACUAACCGCCUUCCCAAAGCAAAGAUUGUUGUACUGGGUUUGUUACCUCGAGGGGAGCGGCCCAACCCGCUGAGGGAGAAGAACGCCGCCGUCAACAGGCUCCUGAGCUCCAGGCUCCCACGGCUGGGCCAGGUUCUGUUCCUGGACGUGAGCAAAGAGUUUGUCCACUCUGAUGGAACCAUCAGCUCACAGGACAUGUUUGACUACCUCCACCUGACGCUGGCAGGUUACCGCACCCUGGCUAAGCCUCUCAGCGACCUGCUGCUCCAGAUCCUGGAGGAGACGCCUGAGGAGAGAAGGGCAUCGCUGGUUUAGGGGCCAAAGGACAGAGUUUGACCUUUGGCCGUGUUUGGAUGUCGGUAACCAUGAGCAACGCUGAAGUAAAGUCUCUGCCAUCAUCUGGAGCCUGCAGACCUUCUUUCAGUUUAAACACUUUAGUUUGUUUCCAAGUGUCUAAAGACAACCACAGAGUAUCAGAGCAUUACCAAAACUAUUUUAAUUACAAGAAUAAAAUCAUAAUGUUACCAGAAUAAUAAUAAAAGCCUCUGCCUGAGCUCAGAUUACAGAAAAUUAGAAUAUCUCUUUAAUGUCAUAGUUCUACCAAUUUACUGUCUUAUCACAACUUCAUUCAUGAACGUCUUCUAGAAAACUUCACAUCCAGUUGCCUAAGCUGAACUUUUCAAGCUUAAUUCUCACUGACUGACUUUAUUUCUGUGAUGUUACUGAUUUAUUUUCACAACAUUCAGACUUUAUU